UAAAUGUUCUUUCAGUAAAGUUUUGGUGUGAUAAGAAGUGUUAACUUAAAUUCUAAACUGUGUCAUGUGAUAUAGUUCAGUCCGUGCUACGUAAACUGGGCCAGUGAGCGGUUUCUUUUCAGUAAAACAGGCAGUGUUAGCUGGUUGUAUUUCUUGGUCUGCUGUGAAAGAACUCUAUGUAUAAUGAACAAUCACACAUAAUCACAAAUAAUGUAAUUUUUACACCAAGCAAAAUGCCUGCUCCAUCACAAAGCCAUCAGUAACCUUACAUACAGGAUUCAUCACUUGAUCUGCAGAGGUUAACGGUUACAAGAUUGUAAUGUUAGUUCUGCUUAUAGCCCAGAUUUGCUAUGGAUGUAUCUGUGAAAUUAAUGUUGAGGAUAUGGGAGGUUUUAUAUCUGUGGUCUUUAGAGAAUUGCUCUCUGAUCAAUAGAGGGAUUAUCUUUUUGAUAUGGCUUAUAUACUUCAGGACAUUUAAAAAGAAGGGGGGAGGGGGCACAAAAUCAUGCUCAGCUAAUAAUGCUGAGUAACUUCUUUCUCCUGCAGUGCAGUGAAGGGGGAGAAUAAGAAUUACUUCCUUUUGCCUGUACUGAGAAAGUCUGUAUCUCUAUUGUAUGAGUUUCUAUUUGGUCUUUUUUCUUUUUGCUCUAGUUUGAAUUAAAGGGGACUGCAGCUCCUGAAGCCUCAUAAUGAAUCCCUUUAUCUUUUGAAGUAUAACAGGACUCCUUUUUUCUCCUUACUAAUUAUUCCUAAUUAUAGGAUGUAGCUUUUAGAUGUUUACAGAAAAAAUGCACAGCUUUAAGGUUCUGUGCCUCCCCACAUUGGCCUUGGCCUGUAAUUAUUUUUUGCAGCAGUCACUGUAUGGCAGCAUCUGAGAUAAUUUACAAAGAAUUUUCUAAUUUAGUAAGGUUUCAUAAAUCUUUAUUAUCAUCUGAGGCCCUUGAGAUAUUAAUAGAGGGCUGAAAGAACUCCCACUAUCCCAGAGUUAUGUAGUCCCACCCACAGAUGAGGACUCCAGGAAGUAAUGUCAGGGAUUGCUUUUGGUGAUGUGGCAAAAAUGUUUUUGUUUCGAAUCAGUUUUAUUUUGUUUGUUUUCUAUCUUGAAGGGAGCUGUAAAACUUGGUUGAGGUUAACUGAGAAGAAAAGUAAAGCUCUUAAACUGGUAGCAGAAAAACUGAGGAGACAGGAGGGUGGUGCUGCAGUUCAUAUCUCAGUGCUUAGAUGUUGUAACUCAGCUCCUGCCUGCUCAAGCAACCAUGUCAGAAGGGGACAGUAUUGGUGAGUCUGUGCAUGGAAAGCCUUCUGUGGUCUAUAGAUUUUUCUCAAGACUCGGACAGAUCUACCAAUCCUGGUUAGACAAAUCUACUCCAUAUACUGCAGUGCGAUGGAUUGUAACUUUGGGUCUGAGUUUUAUCUACAUGAUUAGAGUUUAUUUACUGCAGGGUUGGUACAUUGUGACAUAUGCCUUGGGAAUCUACCACCUAAAUCUCUUCAUAGCUUUCUUGUCGCCAAAGGUAGACCCCUCUUUAAUGGAAGAUUCAGAUGAUGGUCCUUCCUUACCUACAAGGCAAAAUGAAGAAUUUCGGCCUUUCAUUAGAAGGCUCCCAGAGUUUAAAUUCUGGCACUCUGCCACUAAAGGAAUCCUGGUUGCUAUGGCAUGUACAUUCUUCGAGGCUUUCAACGUUCCUGUUUUUUGGCCAAUCCUUGUGAUGUACUUCAUUAUGCUUUUUUGUAUCACUAUGAAAAGGCAAAUCAAGCACAUGAUAAAGUACAGAUAUAUACCCUUCACACAUGGCAAGAGGAAAUACAAAGGGAAAGAUGAUGUUGGAAAGACCUUUGCUAGCUAAAAGAUGCAAUCAACCUGUUGACCAAUUCUACUUCUAACUAAAGGAACGAUUUUGAGCCAUUGUAACAAUGCCUUUUUUCUUCAUAAAAAAUGAUUAACAGAGUGGUGACAAAACAGUUGCAUUUUCGUUUUAAAGGAUUGUGCUAUUUUUAUCUGAAAUAUCAGUUUCUGGAAGAAACUGGCAUUCUAACCAAAUUGCAUUGAGUUUAUUAUCUUUUGUAAGCAGUUGGAGAAACUUUGGAUAAUCCCAUGAAUUUGGGAUCAUGUAUUCCUUUCAAGAUCCAUUGCACUGGAGCGAUUGAUGGCUUAGAGUUGUGUAUUUUUACAUAGUUCUCCUGCUCAGUAUCACCCUGAAGUGCUGUGGACGUAUGCAGAGGAAAAAUGUACAGUGGCACACGUGAUGCUGUUUUCUGCUUCAUGGUCGUGUGCUAUUUUCAUAGACAAAUUCAGCAGACCUAAAUAGAUGCAGAACUUAAGCCAGUUUCCUAAAUGCAUGGUACUACAGAGUUAUAACCAAACAAAUAUAGAUAGGAAUAAGAAAUCUACUAAAUUAUGGGGUUUGCAGUAGGGAAAAGAUACACUCGUUUGUGUUGGGUUUUAAUGCCAGUUUCACCAUGAUGUCUCCUAGCAGAUGCUAAAAUUGGGCUCUUUCAUGAUGACUCAAAUUUUGUUCAAAAUCAUAACUUCCUUUGAGGACCUGGAAUUAUAAGAAUAUAUAUUUUAAUUGUUACUAGUUGGAGUUUCUUUCAUACUUCAGAAUUUCUUGGUUAAUUUAAGCUGACUUCAUGCAGCCCCUUGAGAAUAUACCCAGACUGGCCAUAGCAGAUAAAUGGUGUGGGUUUUAACACAGCUUUUCAUUUUCUAUGGGGAAAAAAAAAGAAUCAGAGAUAAAUGACCUGCAUGUAAACUUUUUCAUGUGAUACAGCUGCAGUUUUAUUAAGUGAAUUUUUAAUUCCAAAAUUUAUUAAAAGACAGUGUCCCCCUUUACUUGUUCUAUCUUUAUAUACAUAUAUUGACCUAACAGUAUUUAUGGCUCCUUCUCAAUAAUCCUUACCCUUAAUUUAUCUUCAUGAAAUGCCUUUUUCAACUCUUCAGGGAGUAUUCAGUGGCAGAAAGUAGGAAAAGAUUAGCUCGUUGAAGAUUUUGCGUGGAGAAUAGUGGCAACUUCAACAGACACCAAAGUGGAAAAUGUAUGUAGGAACCCUUUCAUCUGAUUUUGUCAAAUGUAUUUGUUACGGAGCUCUGGAAUUCAGUGUUCAGUAAUCCUGGGGAAACGACAGGUAGUUUUAGUUCACAUUGACCUGUUGUUUUUUGUUUGUUUUCAUGUGUUUCAUUAGCAGUGUGGAAACCAGUAAUGUUAAAACUUAAAAAUUAUGGAAAAACAUUACCAGAAAGGGCCUUAUGAAGGUACCAGUCACGGGUGCUUGGAGCUUGUUGCCUAAAAAUCUGAAAGCCCUGACUUGGAGAAGCUGUCUUAGGGUUGCUGGAGUUCUGAAUAAUAUGGCCAAAUCGGGGAUAAAAAUACGUAUAUUAUGUUGAUUGAUAUUAGCAACUGGGAUGACUCCUACGUUCAGUUAACACCAUCCAUUGCAAAUUAGACAUUUUUACCUCCACUGGAUUUUGAACGUUAGUGGCAGUUGAGAUGAAUGCCUGCUCAUUCUCAGGUAGGCGAAGGUGCUCUGCAUUCAGAGGGAUUUACACUUUUCAAGUAGUGAUUGUAGGUGGUGCUGGCACAAGGGCAUAGUUCCCUGGCUGACUCAGCAUGCAACGGCCAGACAAGUUUGAUGGCAUUCUGUUAAAAUUUGCUCUGUUUUUAUUGCUUACAAGUGCUAAAUUACCCUUAUAGAAUGCACAAAAAGCUUGGCUUGACAACUUCACAGAUGCUUCCCAGUCAUCAGUUGUUUCCUAUUUUGUUUACAGUGCAACUGAAUGUGUUUUCUUACCAUUCUCUUAGUAGGGAGAUCAGGCAGUGGUUUUCCUUAGGUAGUCAUGUUUUGAUUUGCGCUAAGGAGCAUUUUUCUCCCACUGUUGCCUUGACUGUUUUAGAUAGGUGAGGGAUGCCUGGAAGUUUUCUGGUGCACAAAAGGGAUGGUAUUGCAGCUCUGAAGAUCACUUUUGUACAAUAAUGAUGAAGUGUUUGCAUAGAUACCAGCAACUGGUUUUUUUAUUCCAUUUAUAGCUAUGAUGAAAAGUUAAGUAAUUUUGGGGUGUUUUUGUGAUAACCCUUGGAGAUUUAAUUGUUAACUAGCUGACCAAGAUCUCUGCAGUACAAAUAACCAUCUUAAAAGAAGUGCUUUUACUAUAGCACACCUUCCCCUGCUACCCCAAGUCCACAUCUAGUGCCAUUUGUGAAAGACUUACUGAAACUGUAACUCACAAUCCACGGAGUGGAUCAUCUGGUGUUUUCUCCCCAUCUGUAUUUGAAGAAUACAAAUAAAUCAAUCUUGCACAUUAUCUGUCAUGCAGGAAUGACAGGAUGUUAACUAACAAUCAUCUUUUUCCCUGCUGCUGAGAUACCUGUAAAACUGAAUUAAUAUUAACUUAUGGGAAUAAACCUUGAUGAGGUGGUGCUGCCGAA